CAUUGUUUAUGUUAUAAUAAAAAUGCAGCAGUUGAUGAUGGGUACAUUACAUGUAGCACAUAAUGUACAAUUAAAUAAAUCAAAACAAAAUGUGUAUGUUAUUUUUCUGUAUUCAUGUGUCAAUUUAUUUAAACAAAGCCCCCUUAAGAUGUGUUAACAUUCAUUGUAUUUUACCUAUGUUUUUUCUUCUUUAAUUAGGCACCCAUAAAAGGUACCUUCGAAAAAAAAAAAGAUUAAUUUUCCCAAUUCCCAGAUGAAAAAUUCCCAAAAAUUAAGAUUAGCGUGCGGGUAUGAAAAAAUACAAAUAUUUUUUCAAAAUAAACAAAGAGCUGUUUUACUGUUGUUGACCUUUAAAAAAAGAAGAAACAAACAAACAAUAAAACUUUUUACAUAAGGGUAAAGGGAACAGGCCAUGUGAAGCAGCACCACUAACCGAUGGAGAGCUUGAAGUCAUGUGGCAGAAAGGUGUCCUUGGAUCUCACAGCCCAACAGCGCUGGUGAACACUCUUUGGCUCAACAACUGUCUGCACUUUGGCCUAAGAGGCACUAAAGAGCAGUACAAUCUGAGAUGGGGUGACAUUACAUUGAAAGCUGCUGUUGAUGGAACAGAAUAUUUGGACUAUAACGAACGGCAGACAAAAACCAGAACGGGUGAAAAUGUGGCAGAUGUGCGAAGAGUGACACCUAAGAUGUUUUCAACUGGAAAAAAUGAUUUGAGAAACCCUGUUGAAAUUUAUAAACUGUAUUCGCAGAAGCGGCCCACUGGUUUUUCGGGACCCGAAGACCCUUUCUUUUUGGCACCGAACACAGUUUUUGGAAAAGAUGCUUCCGGGACUAGUGGUGAGGGAGAGGUUACUUGGUUUAUCAGACAAAGGGUUGGGAUGAACAAAAUGGGAAAAAUGUUGAAAACAAUGGCAAAUGAUGCUGGAUUACAAGGAAACAAACGAUUAACAAACCACUCUACCCGGAAACAUCUUGUUCAAAAACUGAGGGAGCACAAUGUCCCACCAACGGAUAUUAUGGCAAUAACUGGGCAUAAAAAUGUGCAGUCGAUUAUUAAUUAUUCUUGUGUCAGUGAAGAGCAACAAAAAAAAUGCCUGUCACACUCCACGUGCAAAUAA